AUGUCCUUCUUCGGCUUCGACCCGACCCGCGGCGGCGGGCACAACACCGCUGCGCCUGGCUUCUCUCAAGCCCACGAUCCGUUCGCCGGCCUCUCUCGCGGUAACAACGACGAAGACGACGCUGUCGAGUUCGAUGACACGUACGAUGGUUUGGGAGAUCAGCUCGAGGAAAGCGGUGAUGCCUUCAACGACGAUACCUUUGGCGGCGGUGGUGGUGGAGGAGAUACCAUCUCGGCUGCCCCAGUCGGCAAGGACUUCGACUUCUUCGGCCAGACCGCAAAGGUCUCCAACGCUAUCGAAGAGGAGCAGGUCCGCUACAGUCGUCAAGUCCCAGCUGCGAAGCCUGCUCCUGCUCCCGCUCCUGCCCCGGCUCACAUGCAGCAUCAUAUCCCCCAGGCUCAGCCCCUCCCGAACUACUACUACCAAAGCCAGCCGGCGCCCAGGCCUGUUCGCACCGGUUACGAGAAGUACAAGGAGGAUGAGCCCAUCCCCGACCUCCACGUCGACGCGUCUCUCUGGGGCAUGCCCUCGAAGAAGCCUGUUGCCCCCGAGCCCUCCCCAAAGCCACAGGCUCCUCCUUCCGGCGGCCGCAAAGUCAUGAGUCUCGAGGAGGUCGAGAAGGCGAUGCGCGAGCAAGCUACCAAGCGACCGACGCAACCAGUCGAGCUUUCGUCAAGUCCACAUGGCUUCCCCCAGGAGCGUGUCGACUACGGCCAUGCUCGCCCAGAAUCUUUCCAGCAGCAACAGUCCUUCCACGGCGCUGACCAGCAGCAGCAGCAGCAGCAACAGCGUGCUAGCCAAGCUCCUCAGCAUCCCGGCCAAGGUCAUCCGGUUACAAUCCUGCAGCGUCCUCAGUCUCUGACCUCCAAGCCUACCCCUCCCAUUCAGAACACACCCAGCCCCCUGGCUCAACCCCCGCAUACUCAACCUCCUGCACAGCCAACUCAGAUCUUGCAAAACCCUAACCGACUCUCGGGUGAUGCUGCUCGCAUUGGUGGUCAGGGACCUCAGCCUCAUGGCAACCAGCAGCCUCAGCAGGGUCAUCGAUCGCAAGGUUCCAUGGGUCGUGUUCCUCAGGUCUCCCAGCAGCAGCACCUGUCACAUCUUUCCGAGGACGAGAAGGCGGCAUACUUGGACCAGGAGACCAAGCGUGCCAAGCGUAACCACAAGAUCUGGCUGCUGUCCAAGGAUAAUGGCCUCAUGACACCUCAGGACAAGAACUUCGUCACCCGCAUUCAGCUGCAACAGCUGGUCUCGGCCACUGGGAACCCCAUCGACCACAGCAAUGACGACUCGAUUACCGAAGACUUCUACUACCAGGUUCUCAGCCAGAUUCGCGGUGGCCAACGCCAGAACCCGAACCAGCCUCUCAACAACUUCGCCCAGACCUACCUGUUCCAAACCGGCAGCCGCCAGGGUAACAUGAGGAGACAAGGUAGAACUGCCGAGAAUCACGUUCAGCGCAUGGAGCAGCAAGUCCAGCGGGCUGUCGAGGCGGCAAAGAACAAGCCCAAGAACCCUCAGCUUGUCAUUGCCGGCAGUCUCGGAAAGAUCUCCUUCAGUAACGCCAAGACACCGAAGCCUCUUCUGAACAUCAAGCGCACCGAUAGCAGCAGCGAUGCUCAGCGUGCCGGUAACGGCAAGCGCCAGCAUGGAGAGUUGGACCGCAAGGCUAUCCUCAAGAACAUUGAGAGUGUGUAUUCUACCGUUAUGAAGAUGGAGGACCACGCGCGCCAUAUUCCCCCUCCGCCUGCCAACGGCAACGACGAAGAAUUCCACGCGAAGCACCAGGAGUGGUUGGAGGUGGCUCAGGCUCUGAACGGCCAGCUCUGGCAAGACCUCAAGGUCCACGAGCCCAUUGGGGCCACAACUAUCCACCCCUUCAUUGCCUUCCUCUCGUUUCCCAAGGGCAAGAAGGCCAUUCCUCGCGUGUUCCGACACAUUAGCUUCGAGCAGCGCACUACCAUCUUGACUAUGGUCAUUCUCCACCUGGACCAGCUUGAUGUUGUUCGCGGUGCCCAAAUGACGGAUGGCGAAGUGAACUUGAACGCUGCUAUGCGCGAAAGCAUUGAGCUCUUCUCUGCUGCGGUUAUGCCCAGCCUCUUUGCCUACUUCAAUGAGACGGAACUCGACAUCGUGACUGGUGUCCUUGGGCUCAUUACGAAGCUUAACAUCGACCUCAUUGCCAGAACCCGUGUUGGUUGCUCGAUGUUGACUCUCAUUCUGAGUCGUGCCGAGCUCCUGAAGCAGGGCGGCGGAGGAACCCCUCAGCUGUGGGCUGACUGGGAGCAAACUUUCAACAUGUUCUUCAAUAUUCUUGAGCCUACUCUUCACCAUAUCUUCCCUGGAAGUGUCAACACCGGAGAGGAUGUUGUCGUUUGGCAGCUGUUGGCUGCCGUCGGUGUCAGCGCGAACCCUGAGCAACAGCAGCGUCUCGUCCUGGCUGUCAAGGAUCGCGUCCUGGACACGGUUGCUCACGCAAAGACGCUUCCGGGCGCCAUGGCAACGACUCGGUUGGCUACGGUCAAUCUUUUCAUGCACUCCAUCGGUUUGGAUGUCGAAUUGCUUCAGUAA